UCCCAGGCAGGAAGGAGUUAAUAGCAACACGUGCAAGGGACAGCGGCUAUAUAACCACUGAAGGCGGCUGCCCGCGAGGCGUCCAGGAUCGAGGGGGAAAAACCGAGGUCCCCGAAUGUGAUCCCCUUGGGCCAGAUCCGGGGGAAGAAAGGGGAGCGAGAGAAUAACGCGCGCUUUGAAAAGCAAAGAGGCGCUGAAGAUAGCGAGCGAGAAGACGGGCAAACUUUGCCUCCGCCGCCUCACCGCCUUGCUCCCCAUACAUCUCCAGCAGAGUCUCAAGGGCAACUCUCUUCCGCAAGUACCAGCGGAACCGCGCCGCGGAACAAAGGGAGGAGAAGUCGCGGCGACGAAUGGAAGCAGAUACGUGCGAGGCAAGCGAUCGGCAGUCGCGAGGCGCGUGAAGGAACGGAGCGGAGAGCGCCGCGCUCCGGAGCUUUCUUCUGGACAGACAAGCGUUGGGGGAAAAGCAGAGCCCUGCGAGUACUGGAAGCUGCCUUAUAAAGAGUGAGACCAGUGAUCCAUCUAGCUCCCUAACUAACAGCUGCUCUCUGGGGUUUCAGACCGGGGGCAUUCCCAGCCCUACCUGGGGAUGCCGGGGAUUGAACCGCAGACCUUCUGCAUGCAAGGCAGAUGUUCUGCCGCUCAACUAACGGUCCGCCCUUCCGCCAGCAAGCGCCCCUGAACUGUGCAGAAAGGUAGCGGCUUCCCCGUCGGAAGCUCCCUGGCCGGUGGGGCAUGGAGAGGCUACCUUGGCGACCCAAUCCCUCCUCCUCUUCCACCCCAGUCAUCGCCGGCUCUUUCAGGUGGGUCCCCUCUGCUCAGCCUUGCUUGCGUGGCUCUUCUCGGGGAAUGCAGCCAGGAAGAGUACUUGAGCGCGGCAGCUUCUUGGGCGAUCUGUCCAGUGCGCAGAAGAAAGGCGAAAAGGCAACGCGAGGUCCAGCGGGAAGGCGCGGAAGAGAUGCCCAGGUGCGCUAGCGAGCCCGCCGGGAAGGGUCUUUCCGAUCCCUCCUCCCUCUUCUUGACCUUUGGCCAAAGUCCGGAGUUCUGGAUCAGCCGGCAAGAGGCUUCCCACAGAAGACCCUCUUAGCUGCCGCCGCCGCGUCCACAGGAAUUACCGAGGCCCGAACAAAAGAGCGAGGAGGAGGAGCCCAGGCCAUGUGCCUCUCCCCAGCCGCAGACAACUUCUCCGCAAACUUCUGCAAGGCGGCGCGCAACGAUUUUCGGCCUUAGCGAAGUUCCUAUGUGGCUUUGCUGGGCCAUCACGCUCGGCUUUGGCAGGAACUUGGGAGCCCUCCUCUUCCUCGCUUCCCCUGCAGUGAGGUUCCUCACAAGCUGGAGCAGGACAUCGAUUGCCCUAAACGAUCUUCCACCCCGGGCCGGAAAUCGGAGGCGGGAGACCCCCCCAGAUACGCGAGAAUGGAAGAGGAAGCGUGGCUGCAGAAGAACCGGUCUUCUGGCUUGGAAAGGGAAGAGGCGGUCCUCUAUCCCAUUUGGGUGGCCGCCCUCCUUGCCAUCGUCCUCAUCGUUACCAUUGCUGUGGACAUCCUGGGCAAUCUUCUGGUUAUCCUGUCCGUCUACAAGAACAAGAAGCUGAGGAAAGCAGGGAAUGCCUUUGUGGUCAGCCUGGCUGUUGCAGACUUGCUGGUAGCUUUGUACCCCUACCCGCUGGCCCUGAUCGCCAUUUUCCAUGAUGAGUGGGUAAUGGGUUACCUCCACUGUCAGGUCAGUGGAUUCCUGAUGGGUAUGAGUGUCAUUGGCUCCAUCUUCAACAUUACUGGCAUUGCCAUUAACCGCUACUGCUACAUUUGCCACAGUCUGAAGUACGACAAGGUUUUCUCCCUCAACAACACACUCUGUUACGUGGGGGUAGUUUGGAGCCUUACCCUGCUGGCGAUCAUACCAAACCUCUUUGUGGACUCCCUGAAGUAUGACCCGAGGGUGUAUUCUUGCACUUUUGCCCAAUCCGUCAGCUCCCUUUACACCAUCAUGGUGGUGACAGUACAUUUUUUCUUGCCUAUUGCCAUUGUCAGUUACUGCUAUCUGAGGAUCUGGGUGCUGGUGCUCCAGGUGCGGCGGCGAGUCAAGCCCGACGGUCGACCCAAAAUAAAGCCCCAUGAUGUCCGGAACUUCCUGACCAUGUUCAUGGUCUUUGUGCUUUUUGCCGUCUGUUGGGCACCCCUGAACUUCAUUGGCUUUGUCGUGGCACUAAAACCAACAUUGGAUUCCUCCAUACCGGAAUGGCUCUUCACAGCCAGCUACUUUAUGGCCUACUUUAACAGCUGCUUAAAUGCUGUGAUUUAUGGUGCCCUGAAUCACAAUUUUAGGAAGGAGUACAAGAGAAUCAUACUAACCCUUUGCCGGCUAGUUUGUAGAAUUGACUAAAAGAAAUCCACUGAAGAUUUGAUCGCAUUCAGCUGAACACAAAGUUUACAACAAUAUUUUUAUAACCAUGAGAAAUGUCUAUAAAACAGUUGCCUGCAACAGGAUGUUAGAUGGUAGCACCUCAGGGCAUAAUUGGUGCAGCAGACAUCAACUUCCCUAGAUCCUUGUCUCCCCAGUUUCUCAGAUCUGUAAAAUCACACUGGUGACUGACAGCUGAGCCAAGUAAUUCUUUGCAUGUAAUGCAUUUUAUUCAUUUUGCCCUGCUCUUCAUAUUGAACCUCUUGCUACUUUCCCUCCUUGAUUCUUAAAGUCCUACAGAGUUUGAGAUUGCUUUUGAGAAACUAUCCGAUAUUCCCCAAAUGGCCUUUUUGGAUUACACUCCAUGGGCCUUGGCUAGGGUAAAUCAUUGAACAGUGCUUUCUCUCUCUCUCUCUGUAGACCUGCACCUAAUGGCCCUCAUUCAGAGAAUGCAAUCCACAUGGAGCUGCAGGUUUCUUUAGAUUGAUCAGCUAUUAUGGGUGCACAAAAGCUAUGUGUGUGUGUACACGUAUGCAUUUGUGCAUACUUGAGUGUUCAAGAGAGAUAAUCAAACUGCUAUAAUGGAAACAAAUAUAAUGAUCCAUUGAGUGAUGAAAAUCUGCCCAGGCAUGCAUAUAUGACACCAGCCCCAAGAGUGUGUACACAGUCUUGUGUCUCUCCUGUGGUUCAUUGGAUGAAAGUGAAAUAAUUCAGACAGUAAUUCAAUUGGCUACCUUUUUUUUGGUGCAUGAAUGCAAAAGCAAGUGGAAGCUAGGAAAAAGGAACGUGAGAAUGAUAGAUUUAAAAAGGCAGACACUUCUCAA